GUGGCCCCUGGCAUGGACUGUAGCAUCAAGGGCUAUAUCACAUUCGCAGCUCAAGGGGGUAAUCACAUUCAUAUUGUGGCAGCCUAGAGCCUCGUGCCCAACGUAACAAGCCAUACGACAUCCGAAUCUUUGGGAAGCUCUCCAGGUGCAGAUUGCAUGUCCAAUGGGCGACGAGGAUGGGGAGUGGUAUGUUUCGUAGUCACGGCAGAGCUGAACGCCCUGGAGUGCGAGCAACAUGUCGUCGACUCACGCAGGUACAAUGGACAUCGACGAGACUGCACCAACAGACCAACAACCAUCGUCAAAGGACAGGGUGGUAUCCGUGACUCCAUCCUAUCGGCGUAACGGAAAGCUAUUCAGCUGUGAACCCUGCCGACGAGCGAAACUGAAGUGUGAUCAUAACAGUCCCAUAUGUGGAAGAUGUGCUCGACGCGGGAAACAGAACGAGUGCAUGUACCAUCCAGCGCCAUUGACCAAGCCUCGGACUGGACUGGGACCACAACGGACAAUGUCGAUUCCACGAGCCCAUGAUUCUACACAGAGCUCUUACUCGGCCACUGGAGCGGACAGUUCACGUCCGAGUGAUUCGUUAAGUCCUCCGUCAAGCACGAGGACUCUCUCGGCACGGAAGCAGACGGUUUCGGGAUCUACUGACAGCAGAUCUCUUGGUUACAGGUCGGCAGAGGCAUCGCCUGCUGGUCAUAUGCCUUACACAUCCACCGAGGGGUCGCAGCCUCCAUCGACAGCUUCUGUACAAGUUCCAGAGAGCGACAUGUCUUUUCGGGAUAUCAGUCAGGGCUAUCUCGGCGCAACAAGCUACAGUGCCGUCUAUGCGGAACAUCAAAGUAUACUGCAGACUCCCCAUGUUGAGGAAACACCCGAAAACCUGCUGCCUGUCACCAGUGUAGAGAAGAUCCAGCAAGGCGCGCAAGUUCUCUCCAUACUCAAAGAUUUCCCCGUGUACCGCCAAUUCAUGCAAAGGUGGUUCGAACUCAGUGACGGAAUUAUGGUCAUACAGCCCGUGUUCAAAAUCUGGAUAGACGAGCUCUGGACGGAGUAUGGCCACAUUCUCGCCCAUGGUCAGCCGGAAGAACUCAUUGCGCUCUCUGAAUUAGUAUGGUGCAACACACGACAGCCCCUGAAGGUCCACGGCGAUAUGACUGCGAAAGAGUGGGCAAAGUCUGCGUCAGGGAAACAUCUGCGAUGGGAAGUCGUAGGAAGCAUCCUCUCCAUGGUCGGACUCAUCGCAGUGAAUCUCAGCAGUUAUGAUAGCAUAUUCGACUCGAUCCGAGAAUGCUACGUCGAUCGCGCGACGUUCGCAGAGCGAAUGCGCAGAGCCUCUGAAUUUUGUCUGUGCUUUUGCUACGAAAGUGAAGUGCUCAACGAGAUUUAUGUCAGCUUCAUAUAUGAAGACUUGAUACUGGUGGAAUGUCUCAAAGGUGAGGCACAUUAUGCUGCUUGGCAGAGAACCGGUGAACUUAUCGAUGCUGUUGUAGCGAUGGGUCUGCAUCAGGGCAACAAGGUGAGUCCACAGACGCCAUUCUUCCUCGCAGAACUGCGCAAGAAGAUCUUCAUCUCUGCUUAUGGUCACGACAAAGUCAUGGCGACGUUCCUGGGGAGACCGCCCCGGCUGUCGCAAAGAUACUGUAAGAUGGAGCCACCUCUGGACCUGUCCGAUGACGAGCUCUUCUCCGAAGGCGCUGAAUUGCGACAAGCUCUCGCUUGUCUGGAUGAGAACGGCUGGAAUACGGAUGAACAGUUGCGCCGCAUCACAUGGUAUCGGGCGCGGUUCCAGGUCUGCCGGAUCAGAGAGGAUAUACUUGAAAUUGCGUUGGGCUCCAGCGAAGACGAAGACGAAGACGAGGUUGCGUACAAAGCAGAGAGGGUCAAGAGGCGAAUGAAACAUUUGAAAAGCAGCCUUCCCGAAUUUAUGAACACCACGCCGGAAGAAGCCCUUGGCGAGGAUAAUACACGUCUGGGAGCCAGAUUCACAAUUGGUCCGACGAAGGAGUCCUCCAAAAUGCACAUUAACGCCUUGUGGGUGGUCGCCGUUCACGCCGGAAUUGCGCACACAGAGUUCCUUCUGGAGAGAGCAAAGGUCAACCGGCUGCGCACCGACACAAGCAAGCUUAUACCAGUCGCCCGAAGAAUGCUCAAGUUGGUCCUCUUGGUGCAGUCAAAGAAGGAUGUAUUUCGAGACUUCCAAGGAGAUCUGACUUAUAUGCUUGCUUUCGAUGGUCUAUACGCAGCUGGCGUUCUUGCGGUAGAGCUUCUCACGCAGGCUCGAACCGGACAGCAUACCAACGAUGUACUACCACGAUCUGAGACCAUCCAAGACUUGAGUGUCUUCAUAUCUGCCCUCGGUGCCGUGAGACCAGGCGAGGGCAAUUACUCGAUUUGUAGCCAAGGUCGCAGGACAUUGACUCGAGCUCUGGAUCAGAUUCUAUCGCCACACCCGCUGCCGCCGCCAGAGACAGCUCAAGGGGAGGCGGUCACAUAUGAUGAUACGUCGUUGGCGUUUCCCAUAGGGUCCGACGUGGAGUUUCUGCAGUGGCUCGAACACGUGGAGUGGGAUAAGAGUAUCUGGAUAGAUCCUUUGACGACAGCGCAAGGUGAAGCGUCUGCUUCAGAUGUGACUGCGAUGUAAAAGAUACAUGUUCGUAGAGGGAGAGAAUGGAACGUACCGUACCUACUGGUCCUACUCAGAAGAGAGGAGCAGCGUCAUAA